AUGCCUUUGGACCUGAGAGACCCCCCCGGCCCGCGGGAGCAGGGCUGGUACCUGGCGCUGAUGGCCCCCAACAUCAAGGGCCCCAACUAUGCCUGGCUGGACCCCUCCCGCCUCUACUGCCACCCCCAGGCCCUGCAGGACUGCGUGGAAGACCUGCUGGGGCCGUUCCGGGGCGAUCCCAUCGACGAGGUGGCGGGGAUUGACGCGAUGGGAUUCAUCCUGGGUGCCGCCAUGGCCAACGCCCUGCGCAAGGGGUUUCUGGCCAUCCGCAAGGCCGGGCACCUCUGCGUGGAGACCCUCGCCCAGCCGUUCACAGACUACUCGGGCCGGGACAAGGUCCUGGAGGUGCGGAGCGACGUGAUCACCCCAGGGCUCCGCGUCUUGCUGGUGGAUCAGUGGGUGGAGACGGGCGGAACGAUGCAGGCGGCCAUCCGACUGGUGGAGCAGCAGGGAGGCGUGGUGGCAGGGAUCGCCGCCGUCUGCAUCGAAGACAGCGAGGGUGGCCACUGGCUGAAGGAGAACUACAAGUGGUCCCACUGCGUGCCGCCCCAUCUGAUGCCCGAGUUCAACGCCCACCAGCUGGACUCCUUCUGGGGGGACCAGACGAAAGUGGGGCAGCAGUAG